AAUAGAACUCCAAGUAUAAAAUUAAUUAAUAUUUAUUGAUUUUCAAUACAAGUAACAUGGGUUCCAUAUUUCUUUUUGUCUCUGUUUUUAUUCAAAACCAACAGUCAAUGCCUCUCUAGAACAAAACAAAAGUAACGAAAAGUCAAAAGAGGGAUUUUGGUCAUUGUGUAAAUCUGAUUCUGAGCUGUAACAUCUUCAUGUAUUUAUAAGGAGUUAAUACUUUGAUUUCAUGGAAAUUGAAGUGCAAUAAGCCAACUACUAGUCUACUUAAUGGUACUAAAAGAAACUUUACAAGAGCUGUGAAGUUAAGUCAGAAAUGGAGAGUCAUUGAUAUAUGCUGAUUCACUCCUGAGUUGUUUUCUAUAUGUCUAGAGCUGCAAAAGGAACAACCAAAGAGGAAGUCUUUAAGGAAGCAUAUUGGGAAGGUAGUUAAAUUCAGAAACAAAGAAGAAAAAAGGGCUGUAAGGACAGUACACUCUAGCAUGGGAUCUGAGGAAAGUAGCAAAUUUUCUUUUGCAAUUAAAGUUCUUUAAUUCACCUCUGCAUUAAUCUCAGUUCCAAUGGCUUCUCAAAACCAGCAGCUUCAAUUUGUCUUUCUUCCCCACUUAGCCCAAGGCCACAUGAUUCCCAUGGUAGACAUGGCUAGACUAUUGGCACAACAUGGUGUUACAGUUACCAUAAUCACCACUCCCUUCAAUGCUGCUAGGUAUGAAACAAUGAUCAAUAGAGCAAGUGAAUCUGGUGUUAGAAUCCAGCUUCUUCAAGUUCCAUUUCCUUCAAAAGAGGUUGGCUUGCCUCAGGGAUGUGAAAGCAUGGACACUCUCCCUUCACGAGACUUGUUCAAGAAUCUACUGAUUGGCAUUACCAUGCUACAAGUACCAGUAGAACAACUCUUCAGUAAGUUACAGCCUCCUCCAAGUUGCAUUAUUUCUGAUAAAAAUGUGGCAUGGAGUCAUCAGACUGCUUUGAAAUUUAAAAUUCCAAGGCUUGUGUUUGAUGGGACCAGUUGUUUUUCACUGUUGUGCACACACAAUAUACUUGCUACCAAAAUUCAUGAGAGUGUGUCAGACUCGGAGCCAUUUGUGGUGCCUGGUUUGCCUCAUCAGAUUGUGUUAACAAAAGGCCAGUUACCUAAUGCUGUCCUUAUGAAUGACUCUGGAGAUAUUCGUCAUGAGAUAAGAGAAAGUGAGAAAGCAGCAUAUGGGGUAGUGGUUAACACUUUUGAAGAAUUGGAACCAGCAUAUAUCAGUGAAUUCCAAAAGGCUAGAGGUUGUAAAGUUUGGUGUGUCGGUCCAGUCUCAUUAUGCAACAAGGAGACCUUAGAUAAGGCUGAAAGAGGCAACAAGGCAUCGAUUGAUGAGAACCAGUGUUUGAAGUGGCUUGAUUUGAGGGCACAGGGAUCUGUAUUAUACGCUUGCCUUGGAAGCCUAAGCCGCCUCACUGGAGCACAAUUAAUAGAACUUGGCUUAGGCUUGGAAGCAUCUAAUCGACCCUUUAUCUGGGUGAUUAGAGGAGGCAAUGGUACAGAGGAGUUUGAAAAAUGGAUAUCAGAAAAAGACUAUGAGACUAGGUUAAGAGGAAGAGGCAUUCUGAUUCGCGGUUGGGCACCUCAGGUGCUAAUCCUAUCACACCCUGCAAUUGGAGGAUUCCUGACACAUUGUGGUUGGAAUUCUACGUUAGAAGGUUUAUGUGCAGGCAUACCAAUGAUAACUUGGCCAUUAUUCGCUGAGCAGUUUUAUAAUGAGAGGUUCAUAGUACAAAUAUUGAAAAUUGGUGUGAGAUUGGGGUCUGAGUUCUCGGUAAAAUUGUCAGAAGAGAAGAAAUCUUGGGAAGAAGUGAAAAGGGCAAUAGACCAGUUAAUGGAUGAAGCAGAAGAAGGAGAAGAAAGAAGGAAAAGAGCAGAAGAGCUUGGUAAGAUGGCAAGGAAAGCAAUAGAAGAAGGUGGGUCUUCUCAUCUCAAUAUGAUAUCGUUAAUUGAAGAUAUCAAAAAACAAGUUAUAAGCAAUUCUUAGUCAAACAAUUAGGACUAGAACAGCAUCUUAAUUACUGUUUCUUGGACUAGCCUCAAGUGGUUCAGUUCAGACAUACUCAUUUGUAUCAAUUGAUCAGGGAUCUAAUUAGUUAAUAUAUGUGAUGCAGUUUUGAAA